CUACAACAAGUGACUGAACAAAAUCUGGAUUCUUAGAAAAAAACAAACAAACAAACAAAUGUUUGUGGACCAUGCUACUUCUGGGCCACUCAGCAUCAAUCACCUGCAACUCCAAAGUUGAUCAUGUCAGAACCGACCCUUUUGUCUAUGUACAAAUCACUAUCUUUGGGAGCCCACUAAACACGUGAUUCUCAUGAAGUUUUAGUUUUUACUCUCAAAUUUCUCUCGCUCCUACCCCUCAAUCAUACAUCAUUUGGAUUAAAGAUAAGAACGCUACUUUUUUGCCACCGGAAAGUAGUAGAGUAUCACCGGGAAGUGGAACCAUGACCAUUGACAAGAAGGAAACUAUGAAUUCAAGAAAACCAAGGCAACCCAUCAACGAGAAAUCGCCGUUGUUGCCAGAGAAGCAAGAGGGUCACCAUUCGAGCGGGGAGUUAAAUGGGGCAUCAUUUACUGGCUCAGUGGUCAAUCUAUCUACUACUAUUAUUGGUGCUGGGAUUAUGGCACUGCCUGCCACCAUGAAGGUGCUGGGUCUUGGGCUUGGGCUUGGGCUGAUACUCUUUGUUGCUCUACUGACAGAAGCUUCGUUGGAGAUGCUGCUGAGGUUCAGUAAGGUGGGGAAGUCAGAGUCUUAUGGAGAGGUAAUGGGCGAUGCUUUUGGAGGUGUUGGGAGGAGACUGCUUCAGAUUUGUAUUUUGGUUAACAACGUUGGGACGCUUGUUGUUUACAUGAUCAUCAUUGGUGAUGUGCUUUCUGGGACAUCUUCAAGUGGAGUUCACCAUUUUGGUGUACUGGAAGGGUGGUUUGGCGUACACUGGUGGAACAGUCGUACCUUUGUUCUUCUUGUUACGACCUUUGUUGUAUUUGCUCCAUUGGCAUGCUUUAAGCGGAUAGAUUCAUUGAGAUACACAUCUGCUUUAGCAGUGGCGCUAGCAUUCAUUUUUUUAGCUAUAACUGCUGGAAUCACAAUUAUCAAAUCGCUAAAUGGAAACAUUGCUAUACCCAGGUUUCUUCCUAAUAUUACCAAUAUUACUUCGGUCUGGAAUCUCUUCACAGUUGUCCCUGUUCUUGUGACUGCAUUCAUCUGCCACUUCAAUGUGCAUACGAUAAACAGUGAGCUUGAAGACUCUUCCCUAAUACGACCAGUUGUGCAGACAUCACUGGCGCUGUGCUCUUUUGUCUACAUACUGACAAGCUUCUUUGGUUUCCUCCUAUUUGGUGACUCAACUCUUGAUGAUGUGCUGGCCAACUUUGACACCAACCUUGGCAUUCCAUACAGCUCUCUGCUCAAUGAUACUGUUCGCAUCAGCUAUGCCCUUCACCUCAUGCUUGUUUUCCCAAUUCUCUUUUAUCCAUUGCGCCUCAAUUUGGAUGGCCUUCUCUUUACUUCAGCUAGGCCUUUGGUUUCAGAUAACCUAAGGUUUGCAUUGAUCAGCAUUGGACUCCUUUUGCUUGUCUUCUUGGGUGCAAAUUUUAUACCCGACAUCUGGGACGCUUUCCAGUUCACUGGAGCAACUGUUACAGUUUGCAUAGGAUUUAUUUUUCCUGCAGCCAUUGCUCUAAGGGAUCGUCAUGGCAUAGCAGCAAAGAAGGACAAGAUAUUAUCUGUUUUCAUGAUUGCUCUUGCUGUGUUUUCAAAUUUGGUGGCCAUAUAUAGUGACGCCUGUGCCUUAUUCAAAAAGAACGCAUGAUUUCACCUAGUAACAUGGUGGUUUUUCUUUUUCCAUCAUUGGGAGAUCAGAAACAUCGAAGUGUGGAUAUUGUAAUAAAUGAGAGUUCAAUAUCUGUUA